AUGGAUCCAAUGGCUGAUGAGCAAUUAGACUAUGGAGACGAGGAAUUCGGAGGAGCUCAAAAGCCUCAGUAUCAUGAAGGAGGAGCAAUUCCUGCACUUGCAGAGGAUGAAAUGAUAGGUGAGGAUGAUGAAUUUGAUGAUCUUUACAAUGAUGUAAAUGUUGGAGAGGGCUUCCUGCAGCUGCAGCGGUCAGAGGCACAAGUGCCAUCUGUUGGUGUGGGCAGCGGGGGUCCAGGGGGAUUUCAAGAUCAGAAAACCAUCAUUCCUGAACCUAGAGCAGGAGCUAUGGUAUCACAAGAGGUUGGCAUUCCCAGUGUUGCAACCGAAGGGAAGUACAUAAAUGCAGGGCCCCAAUUCCCUGAGCAGAAGGGAGGGCUUACUGUUUCUAGAGGACCAGAACUGGGAGUUGUUGAUGUGUCACAAAAAGGAAGGGUUCCGGAAAUGACUCAUGGUUCUCAGGCAGGAAAUUUGGGGUUUCAAGGACAGAUGCCUAUUCCCCAAAGAACUGGGGUUGGUUCUGUUGAUGUGCCGGGAAAAGCUGUAAAUGAGUCUGCACCAUUAGUAAAUUCUGGUACAGGUGCCCCAAGAGGUAAUCCGCAAAUGCCAGCUAAUCAAAUGGGUACAAAUGUAGAUGUGAAUGUUAACCGCCCCGCUGUCCAUGAAAGUCAAAUGCGGCCUGCUGCGGAGAAUGGUGUUACCAUGCUUUUUGUGGGGGAACUGCAUUGGUGGACCACUGAUGCAGAGCUUGAGAGUGUGUUAUCUCAAUAUGGUAGGGUCAAGGAGAUCAAGUUCUUUGAUGAGAGGGCUAGUGGUAAAUCCAAAGGCUACUGUCAAGUUGAAUUUUAUGACCCAGGUGCUGCAGCAGCGUGCAAAGAAGGAAUGAACGGACAUGUUUUCAACGGGCGUGCUUGUGUGGUAACGUUUGCUUCUCCGCAAACUUUAAGGCAGAUGGGGGAUUCUUAUAUGAACAAAACCCAAGUCCAACCUCAGUCUCAGCAACAGGGCAGGAGGCCUAUGAAUGAUGGGCCGGGGAGAGGCGGGGGAACAAAUUAUCCCAGUGGCGAUUCAGGGAGGAACUUUGGAAGAGGUGGGUGGGGACGAGGGCAGGGAAUACUCAACAGGGGUCCAGGGAGUGGGCCCAUCAGGGGGAGAGGAGGGGCUAUGGGAGCGAAGAACAUGAUUGGGAAUGGUCCUGGUGUUGGAAGCGGUGCCGGUGGAGGAGCUUAUGGGCAAGGCCUGGUAGGUCCUGGUUUCGGGGGUCCUCCUGCUGGAUUGAUGCCUCAUCAGGGUAUGAUGGGUGCAGGAUUUGAUCCAACUUAUAUGGGUCGAGGAACUGGUUAUGGAGGCUUUUCGGGUCCUGCUUUCCCAGGGAUGCUUCCUCCAUUUCCAGCUGUUAAUCCUAUGGGACUUGCUGGGGUGGCUCCUCAUGUUAAUCCUGCCUUCUUUGGCCGAGGAAUGGCUGCUAGUGGAAUGGGAAUGAUGGGGACCACUGGUAUGGAUGGGCAACAUAGUGGAAUGUGGACUGACAGUAGCAUGGGUGGAUGGGGAGGGGAAGAUCAUGGUCGAGGGACGAGGGAGUCGAGCUAUGGUGGUGAAGAUGGGGCUUCUGAGUAUGGGUAUGGAGAGGCAAGUCAUGAUAAAGGAGUAAGGUCAAAUGCUGCUUCCCGGGAAAAGGAACGAGGUUCUGAGCGUGACUGGUCGGGAAACUCUGAGAAGAGGCAUCGUGAGGAGAGAGAGCAAGAUAGGGACAGGUAUGAUAGGGAGCACAGAUACAGGGAAGAGAAGGAUGGCUAUCGAGAGCACAGGCAUAAAGAACGUGACUUGGGUUACGAGGAUGACUGGGACAGGGGACACUCUUCUUCGAGAUCUCGGAGCAGAUCGCGUGCAGUUCCAGAAGAGGAUCACCGGUCUCGAUCAAGGGAUGCAGAUUAUGGGAAGCGCCGCCGCCUACCAUCAGAGUGACACACUUAUGCAUGCCAUUUGUUCUGGAAAGCAUAUAUGAGGCUUUGACGUUGGCAUUCUCACUUCCUAGUGUCUUUCUGUUGGAAUCUAAAAUGGAGCUACAGUCGUUCUUUCUGGUUCUUAUGGUGCCACAUGCAGGCCGUGGCUUCUUGAAAAAGUAAGUUCCACUCGUAUGGGUUGGGGGCAAGAGUAGAUUUCCCAUUGCGUUUAUUCUGCUUCCUACUGAACAUAAACUGAUGCAACAUUUAAUAUUGGUGCUGAACUAUGUUAGUAGUUUCGUUAGCGUACUUUUGCGGAUUUGCUUUUUGGAUUUAGGCUUCUGGUACCGUUCUGCUGGACAUCACAUGUGUUUAAUACAUGUUGUGCUUAAACUUCUAUUCGAAACAACUGUAUCUGAGGCAUGUGCCUUCAAGAUACUACAAACUUUUUCAUUUUAUAACAUAACUUUUUGAGUUUAUUGUCCUUAAAUAUUUGUUUCAGUUACCUCUCAUGUUAGAGAAAUCUGAAACAAGUCUAGAUGCAGAGGACAGUAUCAUUGGAUCAUGAUUCAUGCAGUGCUUUUAACUUCUAACCUACAUUAAUGAAUGG